AUGUUUCAAGAAUUCAUUUCAUAACUUGGCACAAUAAAAAAUGCCGAAAUUCCUUUUUAUUUUAGAAAUCAAUUUAAAAUAAAAGAAAAUUUCAUAAAUCCUAACAGCAAGUAUUUUGAUGGUAUUGUAUAAAAGUAAGAAAUAUAUAUAUAAACAACAGAUUGGUUUAAGAGGAAAAAUAGGGUAUAAAGAGAAAAUGGGAUAAAUAAUGUAAAAUGAUGUUCAUCUGGGUGUUAAGUAAGUAUUUUUAAUUGAAAAAUGAAAAAAAUAUAAAUCCAAAAAAAGAAGAAUGGGUUGAGCUGGCGAGUAUCUUAAAAACCGAUGAAACAAUUCUAAAAUAAAGAUGGAUUACACUAAUAAAUCCAGUAUAAAAGAGUAUUAAUUGGGAUCCUAAAGAGGAUGAGAUAAUCAGUUCAUUGAUGAAGUAAAAAUAUAUAUAAUAAUAUAGUGAAUAAGAUGAGAAACAUAUUUGGACAUUUAUUGCUUUAGAAUUAUAUAAUUAAAAUGGUGGUCAAUUUAUACGAACUCCUAAAUAAGUUAGAGAAAGAUGGAUGAAUUAUUUAAACCCUAAAUUGAAUAAGUAAAUAUCAAUAUUUUAUAUUGCAGAUCUAAUUGGACAUAGAGAGAAGAUAUUUAAUUAUUGACUAAUAUACUUAAGAAUGGAAAAAGAUGGUCUUAACUUUCCACUAUUUUAUAAGGAAGAACUGAAAAUCAAGUUAAAAAUAGGUAUUUCUCUUUUAUAUAUUAUAAGAUUUAAAAGUUUAAUGUAGAAGAUAUAUAAUGAUGAAGAUGAUGAUGAUUUAGAUGAACUCUAAGCCAUAUAAGAUUAUUUAAAAAAAUUAGGAGUUUCUUAUGAUUAAAUAACAGGAGACCCAAUCAUUUAAAAAAAUCAAUCUUUUCAAGAUUUUAAGUAUAAAAUGAGAAAACCACGUAUUUAAGCUAAACUACCUAGAAAAACAACUAAAAAAAAAAAAUUAAUGAAGACUCAUCUUAGAACAAUAAAAAAUUAGUAAGAAUCAAAUAAUUAAGAAUUCAUUAUUUAAAAUAAUUCAAUUAAUAUAAAAGAAAAUAAUCGAAAUAAAAUUAUUGUAUAAAAUCAUAAUCUUAUCAAUGACCAUCAUCUACUAGAUUAGCCAUAAUAAACACCUUUAUAACAAUAAAAACCUUAAAUUUCUGACAUCAAUAGUACUUAAACACCAAGUACUUUAAAUCAUGUUCUAUAACCAUUUAUAUAAUAAUAAUAAUAAUUUGAACUUUAAUAGUAAAAAUAGAAUUAACUGAUCUUUUAAAGUUAUAGAAAUUAAAUGGAAGAAUUCUAAUAAUAUUAAUAUUAAAUCAUGUUGGAAUAAUAAAGGAAACAAUUCGAAUCAAAUUAUAAUGUUAUAUCACCAAUCUCUAUGAUUAAUCAAACUCCAAUGACCUAUACACCUACAUAGCAAUUCCAAUUUUAUUAUAAUACAUUUACAUCUCCUCAAUGGAAUUAUAAUCCUAAUUUAGAUCCCAAUUCACCUUAAUUUCAAAAUCUCUAUUGGUAAACAUAACAAUAUAAUUAUGAUUAUUCUCAAAAUGAAUAAAUUAGACAAUUGCAAUUUGUAUUUAUUUGAAUUAUUUUUUAGAAUCAUAAAUUAGAAUUUUUAAAUUCGAAUAAUAUAGUAGAUGAUUGGAAAAAAAAACGAGAUAAUUAAAAGUAAAAUUCGUAAUUUUAAUUUAUGAAUUCAUUAGAUUAAUGA